AUGAAGAUCACUGACAAGCUCGCCAAGGCUGAGCGCGAGGGCCGCCCCUUCUGGAGCUUUGAGUACUUCCCCCCUCGUACUGCGCAGGGUCUGCAGAACCUCUACGACCGUAUCGAGCGUAUGCGCAACCUUGGUCCCGAGUUCAUCGACAUCACUUGGGGCGCCGGCGGCAAGAAUGCCGACCUGACGUCGUCUCUGGUUCAGGUGUGCCAGGAGACGAUCGGCAUUGAGACCUGCAUGCACCUGACGUGCACCGAGAUGCCGAAGGAGAAGGUCGAGUGGGCUCUGGCGCAGGCCAAGCAGUUUGGAUGCCAGAACAUCCUCGCUCUGCGCGGCGACCCGCCUGCGGGCUCGUCGACCUGGAAGCCGACGCCGGGCGGAUUCGUCCACGCCGUCGACCUCGUCAAGUAUAUCCACAAGGAGUACCCUGGCGACUUUUGCGUUGCCGUCGCGGGCUUCCCUGACGGACACCCCGAGACGCCGCCGACGCCCGAGGGACACCACCAGGAGAUGCUCUGGCUCAAGGAGAAGGUCGACGCCGGCGCCGACUUCAUCUUCACGCAGAUGUUUUACGACGUCGACAUCCUCUUCAACUGGGUCAAGGAGGUGCGCUCGUACGGCAUCACCGUCCCGAUCGUGCCCGGCAUCAUGCCUAUUCAGAACUGGCAAAAGUUCCAGACCUGGGUCCAGCGCGAGAACAUCAAGGUGCCCGAGCACUGGUACGAGGCGCUGAACCCCGUCAAGGGCGACGACGAGCAAGUGCGCGCUGUCGGCACCAAGCUCGUUGGCGAGAUGUGCCGUGCGAUCCUCGCUAACGAGGAGUGUGGCAUCAAGGGUCUGCACGUCUACACGCUCAACCUCGAGAAGGGUGCGCGCAUGCUGCUCGAGGAGCUCGGCAUGAACCCGAACCGUGAGCAGGUCGCGCCGCUGCCGUGGCGCCCCUCCCUCGCAGCCAACAGGCGACAGGAGAGCAUCCGCCCGAUCUUCUGGGCGAACCGUGUCGAGUCGUACCUCUCGCGCACGAGCGACUGGGACGAGUUCCCGAACGGACGUUGGGGAGACUCGCGCUCUCCCGCCUACGGCGACCUGGACGGCUACCCUGUCGCUAUCAACGUGCAGCCCGCCGACGCUGAGAACCUCUGGGGCCAGCCGAAGUCGGAGGCCGACGUGCGCGAGCUCUUUGCGCGCUUCUGUCGCGGCGAGCUCAAGAAGCUCCCCUGGUCGUCGCAGCCGCCCGCCAGCGAGACGAGCAUCAUCUCCGAGAACCUCAUCAAGAUGAACGAGCGCGGCUACCUCACGAUCAACUCGCAGCCGGCCGUCGACGGCGCCCCCUCGGACGACAAGGUGCACGGCUGGGGCCCGGCCGGCGGAUACGUGUACCAGAAGGCGUACCUCGAGUUCUUUGUGCGCCCCGAGCUCCUCUCGCAGCUCAUCAAGCGCAUCGAGCGCGACCCCCGCAUCACCUACUACGCCGUCAACAAGCAGGGCGACCUGCGCACCAACACGCACUCCGAGGGCCCUAACGCGGUCACCUGGGGUGUGUUCCCGGGCAAGGAGAUUGUGCAGCCGACGAUUGUCGAGGCCGUCUCGUUCAUUGCGUGGAAGGACGAGGCGUUCGAGCUCGGCAACCAGUGGGCCAACCUCUACCCCGAGGGCAGCGAGAGCAACAAGCUCAUCCACAAGAUCAUGGACGAGAGCUACCUCGUCAACAUUGUCGCCAACGACUUCAAGGACGGCCUCGCCAUCUUUGAGCCGUUCCUGCUCGACCAGCCCGUCGAGGCCUAG